GGUGGGGCAAGGGUCUCAACGUUUGGUGCAACCCACCGGGAGUUGGUGAACCCAAACUCAUGAUAAAUACACACACCAUCCAGUGUACAAUACAAGUCUACAACCACCCCUUCAUCAUAACCCACUGCUCAAUUCUCUAAAAAUGAAUACAACAACUGAGCUGAUUCCACCAACAAUCCAAACCAAUGAUGAAGAAGAAGAAGCAUGCAUGUUCGCAAUGCAACUAGCAAGUGCAUCUGUUCUGCCUAUGGUUCUCAAAUCAGCCAUUGAGCUCGACCUUCUGGAGUCCAUAGCUAAAGCUGGUCCAGGCGCCUAUGUGGCGCCUGCGGAGCUUGCCGCCAAGCUUCCCUCGAGCCAGCCGGAGACGCCGGUGAAGCUUGACCGCAUCCUCAGGCUCCUGGCCAGCUACUCUGUGCUGAAAUGUAAACUUCGGGAGCUCCCUCAGGGUGGAGUGGAGCGGCUCUAUGCCUUGGCGCCUGUUUGCAAGUUCUUGACCAAGAACUCUGAUGGGGUGUCUAUGGCACCACUUCUGCUCAUGAACCAAGAUAAGAUCCUUAUGGAAAGCUGGUACCACUUGAAAGAUGCAGUGCUUGAUGGUGGAAUACCUUUUAACAAGGCAUAUGGGAUGACAGCAUUUGAGUACCACGGGAAAGACCCCAGAUUCAACAAAGUCUUUAACCUCGGAAUGUCUAAUCAUUCCACUAUUACUAUGAAGAAAAUCCUCGAAACUUACAAUGGUUUUGCUGGACUCAAAACUGUGGUGGAUGUUGGUGGAGGCACUGGCGCAACUCUUAACAUGAUUCUAUCUAAGUACCCUAAUAUCAAAGGGAUUAACUUUGAUCUACCCCAUGUCGUUGAAGAUGCUCCAUCUUAUCCUGGUGUGGAGCACGUUGGAGGAGACAUGUUUGUUAGCGUACCCGAAGGGGAUGCUAUUUUCAUGAAGUGGAUAUGUCACGACUGGAGCGACGCACAUUGUCUGUCAUUCUUGAAGAACUGCUGUAAAUCACUUCCUCAGAAUGGAAAGGUGAUACUUGCAGAAUGUAUUCUCCCCGAGGCACCAGACUCUAAGCUUACAACCAAGAAUGUCAUUCAUAUAGACGUUAUAAUGUUGGCACAUAACCCUGGUGGAAAAGAAAGAACUGAGAAAGAAUUCGAGGCAUUGGGAAAAGAGGCAGGGUUCAAAAGCUUUAACAAGGCCUGUUGUGCUUAUAAUACUUGGGUUAUGGAAUAUCUUAAAUAGAAGAUCGAUCCAUCCACCUUAUCAAGUUGGGUUUGGCAUCUGCUUAACGCUCGAAGUUGUGGUCAUUUACUGGAUGAGAUAUAUGCUUUAUGAAAUAAAUUAGUGGUGAUAGUGGUGCUGGUGUUGUGGGUAUUUUGUUUUUCACUCUUUUGCGGCCCGAGGUUGUAAUAAUUCCACUUAUAUACUUCCCUCAGUCCCAAUUUAUUUGUAUUGUUUAAUUUUUAAUGAUCAAAUUGAUCAAAUUUGAUUGGUAAUUAAUAAUUAUUCUUACA